CCCGCAUUCACUAUAUCCGGUCUCCCCGGACCCUGCAUUCACUAUAUCCGGUCUCCCCGGACCCUGCAUUCACUAUAUCUGGUCUCCCAGAACCCUGCAUUCACUAUAUCUGGUCUCCCCGGACCCCUGCAUUCACUAUAUCUGGUCUCCCCGGACCCUGCAUUCACUAUAUCUGGUCUCCCCGGACCCUGCAUUCACUAUAUCUGGUCUCUGAGGACCCUGCAUUCACUAUAUCUGGUCUCCCCGGACCCUGCAUUUACUAUAUCUGGUCUCCCAGGACCCUGCAUUCACUAUAUCUGGUCUCCCCGGACCCUGCAUUCACUAUAUCUGGUCUCCCCGGACCCUGCAUUCACUAUAUCUGGUCUCCCCGGACCCUGCAUUCACUAUAUCUGGUCUCCCCGGACCCUGCAUUCACUAUAUCUGGUCUCCCCGGACCCUGCAUUCACUAUAUCUGGUCUCCCCGGACCCUGCAUUCACUAUAUCUGGUCUCCCCGGACCCUGCAUUCACUAUAUCCGGUAUCCCACAGUGCACACAACAUGGAAGUGCAAUUAUUUAGUAAAUAUAAACUGUCAAAUACCUUUUUUCAUCAGCAGUUAGAGCAAUCUGUG